UGAAGUGUAGACAACAGGACAAAUAAAUGACUCAUCAUACAAUAUUACUUUUUCCAGUUAUCAAAGCCUCUAGGUGUCAGCUCUUAGGAUAUACAAAGUUUUACAUCUUUGUCUUUUUGUUCCCAUGCCCUUAUUUAAGCUGCCUUUCUUUUCUAUUUGCAUCAGCUAUUGCUGAUAUGUCUUUUUCAUCAAGAGAAAGAACACUCAUAUGUCUCUUGAGUGGCACUUCUACUCCUUCAGAAUACCAAUAAGUCUCACGUUAGGCCUCAAAUCAAUAUGAUCCUUUCCAAAUCUGUACAUAUACCACUCUCAGAUUGUCUUUCAGACUUAGAAGCUCUGCGGUGCUGUAGGACAGAGAGGAGGCUGAUGAAGGAGGGAGGACGUGAGGAGAAUGUGAGGGCGUUCAGGCUAGGAGAUCAAGUGUUCUACUAGAUGGUGGAAUUUGUGGUUCUAGUUUGGACGGGAGGUUGUCUCGGGACUUCGAAAGGUAGAGAAUCUGAUCAAAUCUCAUGUUGUAAUUUGCUUGGAUCCGCUGCAGUGGAUUUACCUGAAGUGGAACUCCUUGGCAUGCUUCAGUUGUCCAGCUUUGUUUAACUUUCUCUAAGGGUUGUAUGCCAUUUAAACGCCUGCACAUGGUUUGAGGAACGUGUCUGAUCUCGGUGACGUCAACAGGGUCCUGACAAGACCAGGAAGCAACUCCCUCCCUUUCGGUUGGAGGAGUGAUGUCAUCGCAAGGAGAGCGUGAGGUUGGCUGAGGCUUUAUUGAGCUUGACGUUUUAUUACCAAGACCACCAGACAUAUGACUACAUGCACCACUCAUUGUGAGGACACAGAGAAGGAAAACUGAGUGCCAAAGAACAUGGCAACACGUUUGUGACUCGUUAUAAACCCCUUGAGAGGGAAAAGGAGUGUGAGGCAAAGGCAUAAAGACAGAGAAAUGCAUUUUGAAACCCAGAGGGGAAGAGGGACAGCAUGAGUGUGCAUGCUGAUGGGGAUAGGAGCGCGUGGAGCCACAGAGCUGCAGAAUCCUGAAUCCAGCAGAUGGAGACUCCGUGUCCUUGUUUUGCGGUGAUCUGUGGGAGCAACAUGCAGCUCGCGCUGCUGCCUCGCACUGCUGCAGUGGAGGAGUAAAUGCGGAGCUCAACACUGCUCCAGGUGAUCCACAGCAGCCCAGCCCGGCAGACUGCUCCCUCCUCAGCCUUCCCUCUCCUCCUCCUCCUCCUCCUUCUCCUCCUUCUCCUCCUCCACCUCCUCCUCCUCCUCCACCUCCACCUCCUCUUCCUCCUCUGUCAGUGCUCCAUUCCUCUGAGGGCUUUGAAAAAAAUAACAAGAAAGGAACAGAAAAAGAGAGGAGAAAUCCUGCUUUCCCCCUCCAUUCUCAGAUGUGAAACACCUCUGCAUGACUGUCCACUGCUUCCCUGUCAUCGUGUGAAGACGCGCCGCAUAUGUGCUCCAAUGUCUCCGGAACAUAGACUCGCUGCAAGACCAGAAGUUUUCACCUUGGUCCUCGUCUCGAAAGUUCAAUGAAGGCAGACGCCUCCCUCCGGCCAGGAACAUGAAGGGCUUAUCGGGCAGCCGUUCCCAGCACCAGAUCCCUUUACCCCAUGGCUUGGACUACGACCCCCACGUCCAUGACCUCCAUGCACACCAUGGUUCUGACUCCCGCCACUCGUCCUACCUGCUCAGCCCCACAGAGAGCUGCCCCAUGGACUUCCACCACCGCUACUCGCCUCGCAGUUCCAUCCACUCUGACUGCAUGAUGAUGUCCCCUAUCAUGAUGCCCCCAGCAGCUGCAUCUGACCACAUCUCCAGCAGCACCUUCCCCAGAAUGCACUACAGCUCUCAGUAUUAUGACUCAGCCACACGGGACGACUGCGCUGCCAUCACAGCUUCUGCCACCUCCCCAGCUGUUGCUGCGGCUGCAGCCGCCGCGGCUGCCUCCUCCCACCAUGCCGGCACCAAAAGCAACCGCCUUCCUGCUAACCUACUAGACCAAUUUGAGAAACAAAUGCCACUACACCGUGAUGGCUUCCACACAUUACAGUAUCAGCGCACCUCCACCACCACUGAGCAACGCAGCGAGAGUCCUGGCCGCAUCCGACACCUUGUUCAUUCUGUCCAGAAGCUCUUCACCAAGUCUCACUCCCUGGAAGGAUCAUCCAAGAUGAAUGGCACAAAAGGUGAUAUUGUAGGAGGUGGAGGAGUAGGGGGUUAUCACCAUCAUAGCCACCACUCCACCAAACAUGGUAGCAAGAGGAGCAAAAGCAAAGAACGUAAGCACCGCUCUGGUGGCUGGUGGAGCUCUGACGACAAUCUGGAUAGUGACAGCACGUACCGCACGCCCAGUGUCAUGUCGCGGCACCACGGGGAACAUGUUAGCCACUGUUACCCAGAUUCCAUGCACAGCCAUCACUUUGGAGACCUGUCUCUCAAGACCUCUAAGAGUAACAAUGAUGUCAAGUGUUCAGCCUGUGAGAGCAUGGCCAUGGCACCCGAGGGCAAAUUCAUGAAGAGGAGCUCCUGGUCAACACUGACAGUCAGCCAGGCUAAGGAGGCCUAUAGGAAGUCAUCGCUUAAUCUAGAGAAACCCAUGAUGCACAUGGACCUCAAACCUUCAUCACGGACAUGUCACUAUCUGCAGGUGCCCCAAGAUGAAUGGAGUGGUUACCCAGGCGACAAGGAUGAAGAGAUCCCGUGUCGGCGGAUGCGCAGCAGUAGCUAUGUCAAAGCUAUGGGAGAGGUGGAUGAUGAAAGUGGUGACUCUGACACCAGCCCUAAGACCUCACCACAGAAGGCCAUUCGGCCUGAUGCUCUUGUCCUCAAAUCAGCCAUGCAGAGAUCCCAUUUAGACUCCCAAAGCCAGGGCUACCACUUGCAAACCACAAGAGAUAUGCGGCCCCACCCUAGUGUCACAUUGGACCCUGCCACCACCUUUCAUCCCCCGCCCUUCCGAUCUCGCAACCAGAGCUACAUGCGCGCCGUCAGCACCCUCAGUCAGGCUAGCUGCGUCAGCCAGGUGAGUGAGACUGAGAUCAAUGGCCAGUUUGAGUCAGUUUGCGAGUCCGUUUUUAGUGAAGUAGAAUCCCAGGCCAUGGAGGCCUUGGACCUGCCUGGUUCGUUCCGCACUCGAAGCCACAGUUACCUCCGUGCAAUUCAGGCUGGUUAUUCCCAAGAUGACGACUGCUUGCCUUCAAUGACAUCCUCCACUGUCACUUCAACUCUCAGAUCCACAACAGGCGCCCGUAGCUUAGCUGGGGGGCGUAGAGAGUACGGUAGGUCUGGGAUUCAGUUUCGUCUCCCUACUUCCUGCAGUGUGGACCGCGCUCAGCCACCUCCAGCGGUAUCAUAUCCUCCCAGUUACAAGAAGACUCCACCUCCUGUGCCCCCGCGCACCACCACCAAGCCUCUUAUCUCUGUGACAGCCCAGAGCAGUACAGAGUCCACCCAAGAUGCCUACCAGGAGGGCAGGCAUCCACGGGGCGGUCUGUGGACCACGGACAGCCUCGGCCGUCCCAUUUACAGCUCCACAGACAGCCUGGACAGCACCAAGGCGGUCACCAUGGCCAUGGAGUCAGCAGCAGGCAAGAGGCAUGCAUCUUUGGGCAGCCACACCUCCGUCCAGACAUGCGACAAAGCAGUGCUGGUGUCCAAGGCAGAGGAGUACCUCAAAACCCCACGUUCCUCUAUUGGGAUACAGGUGGAAACUGUGACAGAUUCUGAGACUGAAAGUAAAGGCCUUCCUCAGUUCCAUUCGAUAGGAAUCCAGGUGGAGGAUCAAAAGCGGCAUGGGCGGUUCAAACGCUCAAACAGUGUGACCACUGCAGUGCAAGCAGACAUGGAGCUGGAGGGCUUUCCCUCCAUGGAGGACAAGGGCCUGCAGUUCGGUGGCGCCUUUGGUCGCCAUUCUGAGCCCAGCACGCCCACGCAGUAUGGGGCCAUCCGUACGGUGCGCACACAGGGCCUGUUCAGUUACAGGGAGGACUACCGGCCCUCCAGUGGGCCUUCCAGCCCACAGCCUGAACCCUGGCUGGUCGAGCCCAGCCUGGAGAGCACUGAAACAGGCCGCGUGUCCCCUCUUCGCAGGGAUGGCAGCUGGUUUAUGCAGCUCCUUCACAAUGAAACCAAGCGAUUGGAGGGAUGGUGCAAAGAGAUGGAGAGAGAGGCAGAGGAACAUGACCUGUCGGAGGAGAUCCUAGGAAAAAUCCGGAGUGCAGUGGGAAGUGCUCAGCUACUCAUGUCUCAAAAGUUUCAGCAGUUUUACUGGCUAUGUCAGCAGAAUCUGGACCCCAGUGCCAUGCCCAGACCCACAUCUCAGGACCUGGCUGGAUUCUGGGACCUCUUGCAGCUUUCCAUCGAUGACGUCACUGCCAAGUUUGAUGAGCUGCAGCAGAUCAAGAGCAACCAGUGGCAGCUGGUGGAGAGCCCAGAGAAGAAGGAGCGGAAGUGGCCACCACCUCUGCCAAAGCGGCCAGCCAAGGGGCGUGGCGGUGUGACGCGGGAGCGCUCUCUGGACCUUCAGGACCGCCAGCGACAGGAAGCCCGCAGACGCCUCAUGGCGGCCAAACGAGCAGCUUCUUUCAGACAGAACUCAGCCACAGAGAGGGCAGACAGCAUCGAGAUCUACAUCCCUGAAGCCCAGACACGGCUUUGAGGUCCACGGAUUCAUCCUCGGCUCCUCUUGUCCACCUCCACCCAACACCAGCUCGUGGCGUCACAUCCAGCCUCCCUCUGCCGUCAUCAUCUGUCACUGCUCGUCCACUUUGUCAUCAUCCAUUGCCAUUCUCUGGGUUGUCCCCACUGAAGCUACACUAGGCAAAGAUUUCAGCUGAAAAUCCAUCCUUCUUAUUCAGCCUAAAUGACAAUGUGGCACUGCCAUAGGGAAGAAUACCCCAUCUUUCCUGAGUGAGAGGUCAGGUGAGCCAGUAGAGUCAGGUGUCAGGUGAUAUUUUUCCCACAGGAAGAUAAAAAUCAAACAUUUUGAUUGACACCCAAGCUGUCUCCACAACAGUAAAAACUGGACACACCAGCAUCAGACCUUUUCCCUCUUCUCCCUCUGGUAUUGUUUGGAUAAAAGUGAUCCCAGGCUGGCCUGAUUGGUGAACAUGUUGUGUUUUUAUCCAGUUUAUUGAGGUGAUUUAUGGGUAUUUAAGGCAAAAAAAAGUUGUCAUUUACAUGUCUCUGUCACCAGGAGCUGCUAACAUGAAGUUGCCUAGUGUAGCUUUAAGCCCACAGGGGACUUUUUUUGCCACAGAUUCUGCAUCAUGAGAAUGAGCUGCUAUACGGCAAAUAAACAUUUCACUUGAUAUUAAUUUUAAUUACAUCAAAUGAAUUUAGUGUUGUUUGUCACAGCCAUUAUUAUUAUUAUAGUAAAACUGCUGUCUUUUCCGUCAUUGCCAUCACCCCAUUGUGAGUAUGGGUAAUGCUAUACUUGCCCCAUUCAAAGGGAAACACAAAGUGCAACUUUUCUCUCACCAGCAACAAUGGUCUUGGGCUAAAGCACCCUGUCCAAAGUUACAGCAGAAGCAGAGACUGAUGCCUCCCACGGUGAUGCAUCUUAGCAAGAUGGAAAAACCUCUAAAAAAUUUUUAAAAAACAUAGAAAAAUGCUGCCCAGUCUUUUUUAUGGAUGUGGUUAAAAGCUAAAAACAGUUGAUUUUCUUUUUUCUAAAUUUCCUGCCAAGUUUGUGGUUAUAACAUCAGAAUGGGUGGGGAGUAAAAAAAAAGAGUUUGACUGAGGUGCUGCACAACUGUAACUCAUACUAUCUAUCAAUUUAGCUAUGUUUCUAUCGUCCCUCCAUCUUUAACCAGGCAUGCUGCAGCUGUUGACCAGUGUUGCUGAAUGAGAUCUGAAAAUAAGGCUAAAACUCCUCGACUAUCAUCUCCACAUUUCUUCAUUUUCAUUCAUAUGAAACCAUCUCCUCUUAGAACUCAACAUUGUUUUUUAUGAUAUGUAUGUUAUUUGCUGCUGGAUACAUUUCCAUUGCAGAACAAAUAUGAAUUAUUAACAAAAGACAGUUUUGCGCAGCCUGGAAGAGGUGACUGUAUCAAACAAUGCAUUUUGCACCUUAUAAUAUUCAUGUUUGUAUUUCCAAGGGAAAUGUAGUUUAUGAAGCUCAUGUGAUAUUGUUGCAGUUGAAUUGCAAGGACAGAUAUGGAAAAUUUACUACAGAAUUUCAUGUUACUCUAUAGGUCAUAUAACCUGCACCUUGUGUUGUUCUGUUUUCAUUUCUUUCUGGUGGCGUUCAGGCCUCUCACAGUUACACUAUUGUGAUUCUAACACUUUUAAUUAUACUUACAGUAUCUAUACCAUGACCAACUUCACAAUCUACAGUAUACAUUUAGUAUUUAUAGUUAAAACAGUUGUGGGUUGAUUUGACAGUGCAUUUGUCCUGCUGAUUAAGGGGCGUUUCUUAGCUAACAGAAACCAUUUCUCAUAACACACUGCAUCCAACCUUUUGUUCCAAGUGGCGCAUAAUGAAAACACUUCUGUUGUUACUUUGAUCUGCUCAUGUAGUCUAGGAAAGACAGGUGCAAAUGACACUUUAACAAUAUUCAGUUACUAUAGUAAAUGGUGCUGCUUUUUACUCUAAAACUGUUGUCCUUUACCCAGUCCUAUGUGCACGCACACACACACACUCAAGGACUUUUUAAACAGAGAUUUAUUAAUAUGGUGCCCGUUGUCUCUCCAAUGACCUGUGGUAGAUUGUGACUUUAGAAAAGAUCAUCUUUGCAAUGCUCUUGGCCUCAGUGAUGAAAAUGAGGAGACGGUUUUGUGGUUUAACUUCCUUUCUAGCAUGAAAAGAGGUCAGGGAUAUUUAUUUAUCAGAUGGGAGAGAUUACAGGCUUUGACAUUCCACCAACCUUUAAGUAAAAUCUAAUAUGCCCACCCUGAGCCAAGGGCAUACUGCUAUAGCUAGCUGAAAGUACAUCAUUGUACCUGUCCAUAUUUUAUACUUCACCCACAAAGAAUCCGUGACAUUUGCAAGACAUGCCCAUCCAUCCUCAUUCUUCAAUCUAACCCCAGCUAAUUAAAAACUAAUGUUGAUAUAGGGCCGCUAGAAUUAUGCUGCAGUACAGUGUUUAAUGUUUCCCAUUUUAUUGUUGUUAGGGUGUGGCACUCAGCAGGGGAGAGCAGUCUGUGUACUGUAAAUACUUUGAAGAGGCAGUGAGACUUGUCAGGAGGGAUUAUGAUGGAGUGUUUUCCCUUGUGACGUGCGUACAUCAGUGCUAAAUCUAAAACCCUUACCUUACCACACGGCCUUAACCAAAAUGCUCAUGAAUGUAGAGGCCCUACCAAUGCAAAAAAUAAAAAUAAAAAAAACCAGGAGAUGAGCAGACGGCCCAUAAUCCAACUGAAUUGAACAGGAAAGACGUUGCACCCAAACUUUUAUUUUAUUUUUGUUGAUCUCAUUUCAGUUUGUUUUUUCUUUAUUUGAUUUGUGUUAAGGUGAAAUAUGAAAUGGCACCAAAACAUUAGUAGAUGACAGUCCAGGUCGCCAAGGGCAAUCAUAAUUUCACACAGAUUUUUAAGGUUUACUUGUUACCCAAGCUUCCACAGAGAGGAAGUACAAAUGUGUGUGUUAUUACAGAAGCGAAAGCUUUCACACACUGUACAGAAAUGUCUCUCUGAGAGUAGGUUUUCCUGUUUGAGUGCAUGUACUCUACUUGUACCAGGAUCAAUCCAUACAGGUUCCAAGAAGUAAUACAGUAAAUGGAUCAGGACAAAGAAACGGGCAGUGCUGGCCCAUUUAUCUUGUAAGUCCUUGAGGACCACAAUUCAAAUACUGAAGAAAUUGGCAAUAACCUACAUUUCCUGCUUCAGUCAGGCUUCCAUUUGUUAUAUACUGUAGUUAGAUUGUCAUAGAAUGAACAUAUUCUAGACACCAGCUCACAUUUAUAGUAUAAACACCAUUAAAAACAAAUGUCCAAGAGAACCUUUGUCUAGUAAUUCAGUUUAAAAGUGCACCCCAGUAUGAAGGUAUUCUCUUGAAGAAUCAAGUGCAUUAAAUACUUACAGACACUGAUAAGAUGGCAAGGGCUUAAUUUAAAGUUGAAUAAUUUCUUUAAUUUUAAUCUAUCCAUUAAGGGACUUUAACUCCAACACUACCACUCCAACCAUAUCAUAUUUCAAAUGAAAAGGAUCCGACAGUUUGUAGCCGACUCCAUUUAAUUACCCUCUUUAAACAAGAACCAAAAUUAUUUUAAGUCAUCUCAGUUUAUUAAGCCUAUUCCUCUUCAAAGUCACUCCGAAGAACAGGUUGGGAAUUCAUCUUCUAUGAAUUGCAGUGCUGCGAUAUUUUCUGUUUCAGUAUUACUGUCUAUUUCUGUCCUCUUGCACCAAGGACGGCCACUUUCCCAUUGCAAUCUGGUGUAGAGGUGGAAUUGGGGGUAUAGUGUGACCUGUUGUGUUGUUCCUCCAGUCACAGUUUCACUCUCUCAAAUGUAUUUUCUUGAUCUAUUCUACAGCACUUCUUUCACAGGAAGGACUUUUAUUUAGAGAUAUUUUUUGAUAUGUUUCAAAAGUUUAUAUAAUUUAUCAUUACAUUUAUUAGUAUGAAAAACUGAUGGAUUUUUGUAUAUAACUCACUGAACACCUAUUCUAUCCCAAAUGUAAGCACUGCGGUGGUCUUUAUGUCAGAUUUAAUGAGAGAUAUUUCAGAGAUUUGUUGGCUUUCUUUGUCGUGCCAUCUUCAUUUUUUUCCAAGUCUAUUAGUAUCAGCAUUUUCAUUCAUAUUUUGGCCAGAGAGAGAGAUAACACUGUCAGCUUUGAAAUAUUGAAAUCUUCAUUUAUUUCCCUGGAUCCUCAUUAAGUUUUGCCUUCAGAGGGUCUAGCGACAGCUUCUUGGGGUUAUGACAAGAGCUGAUGGGCUACUUUAACGAUCCAACUGCUCUUCCACCUGACUGAGAGUCAUGCAAAUCAAGUCUACUUCCCGCAGACUGUAUACUGUGAUUCCAUCAUGUGUAGUACUUGAUGAUCUGAUACUCAUUAUCAUCAAUCCAGGCUUUUCCUUUAAGAACCACCUAUUCAGACCGGAGGCUUUUGACAUUUUGUAGCUUCAAGGUGUUGCUAAGAAUUUCCUUGCACGUUGUUUGAAUUGACUUCACUUUCCAACCAGUAGGCACGAGGCAAAUCUACAAAGUCAAAGGGGAAGUAAUAAGUCAUGAGGUUGGUUUAGCACAUAAAAUACAUAGAUUACCUUUUGUGAACCUGUCAUGUGCCACCUUAAAAGCCUGACUGAAACCAAGUGGACGAGGAAUGAUGAGGAUUGACUGGAACUCUCAGUCACUGGCUUGAAUGAGACAUGAUGUCACUUGGGCUGUUUUUGCACCAGUCACCCAUCAGUGAGGCUGAUUUCACACACAAAGAUGUCCUCAAAAGUCACAGGGACACCAGCUGCUGUUAGUGAUGUACAAUAUUACAGUUUGUGUGACAUGACACACACGCGCGCACUCACGCACAUACACACACACACACACACACACACACACGUUGACAUCAGAGUUCUAGAAACCCUGUUAUUGUGUUAUCAUGCGGGGCUUUAGUCUAUGAUCAUGGUACGAUUCUCUUGUUAGUGUGUCUUUUACAAUUACUCGUCAUUAGCACGCCAUCUCCAAUGAAAUCAUCUUCAUGUUUUUUCUUUUGCAUCUGUGUCUCACAUUAUAUCCCACCCAUGCUACAAGGGGCUUAGAAGUUUGGCAACUAUGUACAUGACAAAUCCUCAGGUGCCUUACAGUUUGAUUCUCAUAGGACUCCGUGAGUGAAUGUUUGGGGUUGAGGUAUAUGUGAAAGGACUGCAACACCUCUCAGAGUGCAAGUUUGUCUGUAAUACCAUUACAAAGGGCUGGAAACUGGGCUGGGUUGGACUGCAGAAUUUAAAACUAAUUUACUUUAUAUUUGACUAAUUCAAACGUCUUACUGUAAUAAACUUCAGCACAAUACCGUCUAGAGGAUAUCAAAGGAGGAUUUGGUAACAUUUGUUAUCCUCUUCUUUUUGAUUUUUUUUUUUGGUUCAGAUGACAUAAUUGUUCCGCUAUGAUUCACCAUGAUGCAGUUACAUUUUUCGAAUUCAGUUUAUCCGUCUACUGCUUAUCUCACAGCAGUGGAUAAAGGUCCAUUCAGAAAAACAGAGAAUUGUAGAAAAUCAGUAAAUAUGACAAUGUAAACGCAACAUCUCAAAGUACAUGUCACAUCCAUCUCAGCAAAGCAUAAAAGAUCAUUUAUUUAAAGAUCUUUAUCUAUCCUCCUAGCUGUGAUAUUGUAAUCUUGUGAUGUUUUUGCCUUUUUUUGGCAUCUACAUCUGCAGAAUCUGGAGACUGACAAAACUUGACCAGCCAAAAAGUGCAAUAGUGUUUUCAUACAAUGACAGGCAGGCUCACCUACAGCUAUUUACCUCACAGUUAAGCGUUUUAGCAAACAUGGUAUAUUAGGAGUAGUUGUAAUCUCCACAGGAACACUUUUGUCAUGCCUGUGUACUAUGCAGCAGUACUUCUGUAGGGCUGCAGAGCCUGCAGGCCCUGGUGCAGAUCACCAUUCAUUUACAGAGCACUGCAAGCACCAUGUUCAUCGUGCUUUACACUGCAGGAGCAAAAAAAAACGUGUGCUGUCAUUGUCAUCCAAUCCUAUACAGUUCAUAUAUGAUCACUUAUUUACAAUUUGCUUUAUGCUGAUUUAAAGAAAAUACGUAGUGUAAAGAAAAUGUCAGCUAACUUUCAGUAAUACUCUAAAAUGAUCCACAUAGAGUUCCUUUGUCACGUUUCCCUGUUUAGUCACUACUCAAGACAUCGGUUUAUGCCUUGUACAACACACGUCGCAGCACCAUAUUUUAGACUAACAUCAUUUAAUAGUUGUCCUGAAGAUAAAACCUCAGAGAAGUCUGUAUAGGUGCUGAAUCAACCAACUUCUCUCCUUGUACUUUUCCUAAAUUUGCUUCUUUUAUUGGUUUAUUCUGACAAUCAGCACACACCAAAAACAUCGAAUGCACACACACACACACACACACACACACACACACACACCAACAACAACAACAACAACAACAGCACUGUCAUGGUAUAUCCUCAAGAUAGUGCCCUGAGUUUCCCUUAUACGUAUCUUUACGGUCUUUUCAAGUGAGACUCCAUUAAAAUUUCAUUGAAAGCUUUUCUCCUUGUUUCUGAUACAGUUGCACUGCAAAGAUGUCUUUCUAUUGCUUGCUCUCUCUUCUCAUAAAUCUCAUGUGAUUGUUGAUGACAUUUUGCCUGUUGUCACGCAAGCCAAACAGCAGUGAAGUGUGUAGGCUAAUUAUGGACCAUAUUUGAUGUCAUGCUUGCAUUAACACUGGGCUGUAUGAGUGUAUUUGCUCCUCAAGCAAUAAGCCUAUUUUAGAUAUUUAGGUUGGCUUUUCAUCCUGGUCUUUAGACUUCUGACAAAAAUAAAGCUGAGGGAUGUUACAGUACUGUUUAGGUGGUUGUUGAGCCACUUAAAGGGGUGUUUGACAUUUUGGGAAAUACGCUUACUUGCUUUCUUGAAGAGAUUAGAUAAGUUGAUUGACACCACUCUAAUAUCUUCACAUUAAAUAUAAGCUACAGCCAGUAGUCAGCUAGCUUAGCUAAACAUAAAGAUUGAAAACAGGUAACCAGCUAGCUUGGCUCUGUAUAAAGGUAACAAAAACUUCUUAAAAAGCACCUCUAAAUUUCACUAAAUUAACACAUUAUACUGUAUAUUGUUUGUUUAAUCUGUACAAAAAAACAAGUGAAAGAAAAAAUGACAAGUUGUCAUUUUACAGGGGGGUUUAUACUGGUUUGUUUCUUAGCUAGGCACAGUGGCUAGCUGUUUCCACCUUUAAAUAUGAAGCUAAAGCCAGGAGAUGCUUAGCUUAGCCAUAAAGACUGAAAACAGGGGAAACAGCUAAUCAACAUGACAAAAUAGACCAGCAAUAAACCACAUAUUUUCUUGGGUUUUUGAGUGUAAUAAACAAACAAGAUAUAACGUUAAUUUGUGAACUUUGGAGGUGGCAGUUUUUGUUGCCUUUGGGUGGAACCAUGCUCCUUACGCUAAGCUAAGUUAAGCUAACCUCUCCUGCUAACCUCUCCUGCCUGUAGCUUCAUACUUAUCAUAAGACGUGAGGGUGGUAUCAGUCUUUUUAUCAAAGAAAAAGUAAAUAAGCAUAUUUCCCAAAAUGUUAAAUUAUUUCUUUAAGUAGACAAACAUUUAGCUUUGGGUUAAACAAGAACUUUUAAAGACAAUGCAGAUGUUUACAUUUUCUCAUACUUGAUAUCUGUAAGUCCUAUAAUGUUAGUAGUUGAUUUAUUAUUUGUCAAUCAGUCUCCAUUGCCACUGUCAUAAUAAGAAGGGUAGUUAUAGUAUCUUACAUCACAGCUUGUCUUGGACACAUACGAUCAAAAUUCAGCCAGAAUAUACAGGCAUAUGUUGUCCACAUUGCGUGUUACUGUAUAACUGGGGGAAGAACUGUUUCAAUACCUGUGCUGUUCUUUAUGUUUCAGUUUUUUAUGAGGGGAGAGAGCAUUCACAAUUUUGUUUGCCUUUGGUGGAGAAAUGUCUUGUGUUGUGGCUGUGGGUAGAAAUAACAAAAGGCCUCUUAUGGGUUUUGGAAUGUGAUAUGAGAAAAAUUUGAUAGCAUAAAAAGGUUUGUGGUUAGCUUAAAACUAUUUUGAAUUGUUAGAUAUAUCAAUAAUGAGGAUAAAUAUAAUGCCAAAUAUUCAGUAUUUGUACAGAAAUAUACAUAUAUAAAUAUAUAAUAUAUGCCUAAUUUAAAUGGAACUAUUUUCCGCUCUUGACCAUGUUUUUGUUGUUUAACGUUCCUUUGUCAACAUUAUUUUAUAAGAUCUUCAGAUAGCAUGCAGGAUAGUGAAAAUGAAUGUAUUAUUUAGUGUUUCAUUGCUGUUCAGUAUUACAGCAUUCUACAGAUCAGUUUGUGUUUGUAAGAUUAAUUUAAGCUGAAUAUUUCAUUUCUAGAUUUGUUUAUCUAUAAACUGUAAACUUUCUUUUCUAAAUGCAAGGUUUUGAAAUGGUUUCAACAAUUUAUAUCAUUUUAUUAUUUUCCCCUGCUUUAUCAAUGUGGUUCAGUAUAUUUUGCCUCUUCUAAGUACUGCUAUCUACCAUCUGUUGUAAAUAAUUAUGCAAAUUAAACUUUUUAAAGAAAACAG